AUGGCUUCAUCACCAGCCCCUUCAGCUUCGGGCGAGCAAUCGCAGCUCCAUGGCCAGAAGCCCCUUGAGCAAAUCACGUUCCGUUUCUGCUCGGAAUGCAGCAACAUGCUCUACCCCAAGGAAGAUGAGGCCGAUCGCAAGCUCAUGUUCACCUGCCGCACUUGCAACUUCUCCGAAGAGGCCACCUCGUCGUGCAUCUUUCGCAAUGUCCUCAACAAUGCCGCUGGCGAGACGGCCGGCGUGACGCAGGACGUUGGCUCUGAUCCUACGCUGCCAAGAGAACAGCGCACUUGCCCCUCUUGCAACCAUGGGGAGGCUGUCUUCUUUCAGUCUCAACAGCGAAGCGCUGAAACAGGAAUGAAACUCUUUUAUGUGUGCUGCUAUUGCGGUAACAUUUACCAAUGAGUUUGGUCUUUCGGCGGGACACUUGUACAUCGGCGAGUAAGAUACAGGAACAUUUGCAUGACACGGCGUUUGGCGAGAUUGUAUAGGAGUGGGAGACGUUUAUCACUGCUAGGGUAAACAAAACUUGGCUUUGAGGAUAGGAGGAGGCAUCAUCGAUGGGAAUUAAUUUUUAUUACUGGGCUGUUUAUUCAUGAGAAUGAGGGACAAAUGCGUGAAAGGAGAGGUGAUUCGAGUAUUUUGCCUGUAUUGAAGCUGUACAAGUAGUUUACACGACGCCGUAUAACGCCGUUCUGAUGCCACUCCCCAGUGGAGCAAUGAUAUAAUACACCCAAAUGAUCCCUCCCAUGAUUUGAUUUCACGUUUUUUAUUGGUGUUGGUCUCA